UCUCGAAUCAAAACAAAGCCAAGAACUCAAAAAAAAGGACUUGAUCUCGAUCAAGUUAACCAACCAGAACCACGAAACCCUCGUGAAUAUAUCCUAUGAUGUGUAAAGAAGUAUGCCAUUAGUGUGAACAAAGAGACAUGUUUGAGAGUCUCACUGAAAUUUAAGCGUGCCUCAACAUGGAUCCACCAGAUGAUUCGUACAUCAAAACGGAAGAAAUCACUCCGAUUUCGUCCGUCCAUCUUGUCCCUGCUGAGUUGGAUUUGUUCCUAACGUGCAAUCUUACUCAUUGCACUCUAGGCUCCUGGAUUCUGAUCUUCCCCCACCAAUGUGACCUCUUCAUUCACGACAAUGAGCCUUAUUUUGCCCUCAAUCUUCUGUUCAAUCCCAGUAGUCUGCAGUUUAUUUGGCGAGUUUUGGGUCGGACCAUCUCAUCCGGGAUGGUGGAAUCUCGGGAGGACUUCUUGUCCAAAUGUCGAGAGCUCUUUGAGGAUGCAGUGCCUUGUCUGGGCUUGAAAGUGGAAAGAGACAAGGAUUUUCCGCUGUCUUGUCAAUUUUCUCCCAAUUGCCAAAUUGUCAUCCAUACCCGAGAUUCGAAAUUGAAGGGCUUCCAAUGCCAAGAAUGUUCAGCAGAGUCGGAAGCGUCAAAAGCCUCCUCUGAGCAGAAAGUUCAAAAGAAACGAGGACGACCGAGAAAAGCCAAAAAAGUGUCCUUGAAUGAGGAUUUUAGCCAUGAGGAUCAGUCCUUGAUGUCGGAAGAAUUCAAAGAUUUUGAGGCUCAUGCUGAUGUGCUUCCAGAGGAUGGAUUGGAAAAUGAGGAUGAGGAUUCUUUUGGUCUGUCGUAUGGUGAAAAUGUGAAGGCUAGUGCUUUGAUUUCGUCUGACAGUCCCGAUAAUUUGAGUCCCCUCAUCCCCGAUGGUAGUACUAGUAAGCGACAUAAGGCCAAAGUGGCCUAUGAUCGUCGACCUUGGACCUGUAAGAUUUGUUUAAAAACCUUGAAGCAAGCCUCAUCGGCUCAACAUUUGAGAAAUAUUCACUUCGUGGGCGAGUUCCACUGCCAGAUCUGCCUUGAAGGCUUCCAAUUUGCCAAGGAUAUCUGUACUCACACCAAUGUCCAUCAUCCCGAGCUCAAGACCUUGAAAUGUCCCUCUUGUUUCGAGGAUGUGUCCUCUGAAUCCGAUGGGUUAGUGCUCCAUUACGAGGCUUGUAUAAAAAGCAAAGUAAAGGAACAAGUGCGAAAGACCAAAAUGAAACAACGUGAGCAGAUUCACCAAUGUGAACAAUGUGGCAAAGAGUUUGAGACGAGCUACUUGCUGAAGCUACAUCAACGUACGCACAAUGAUGCCUGGCUGCAUUGUCAAACCUGUGAUUUCAAGACCAAAUAUAAACGCAAUCUCGAUACCCAUGAGCGGCGACACUUGCAGGAUCAAGGACUGGCAGCCAAUUAUGUCUGCGAAUUGUGCGGUAAAGAGCUCAGAGAUCCCGAGACCUUGGAACGCCAUGUCAAGGCCAUCCAUGAAAAGUCUCUGAACUUCAUGUGCGACAAAUGCGACAAAUCCUUCACGAGUACGGCAGUAUUGAAACGCCACAAGAACCGGGCACAUCUCGAGUCGGAUGCUUACAUCUGUAAAGUGUGUAAUUAUCGAGCUGGAGAUACGACAGAGCUGCGAGAUCACAUGCGGAGUCACUUGGAUCCGACACAUAAAUGUCAAUAUUGCGGCAAACUCUUUCGACAUCGACACAACCUGACUAUUCACAAACGAAUCCACACCGGUGAAAAGCCCUAUAAGUGCGAGUUUUGUGGGUAUGCCAGUACCAAUUCGGCCAAUGUGACCAAUCAUAAAAAGUCCGUUCACCAAGGAAUGAAACUCAAGAACCGGAAAGGAAACGCUUCAAAAAGCGGCGGGAAUGCGAUGGUUUCCGAGGAAACCCCAACUCCUACGGUAAAUCCUAUCCCGCAACCGAUUAUACCGGGGUCUGUUCAACCUGAAUCUCAGUGGAAAGAAAACUACUCAUUUUCUCACAUGGCAACGUUAAACGUGUCAGAUUUGGAGAGAUUGCUGCGACAAUCCACACCCGAUUUCAUUAUGGCCUCGGCCCCGGGGAGCAAGGUCGACACUGCCGUUAAACUGCUCUCCAAGAAGACUGACCUCACCAUGGAUCCAUUGAAGGCCCUGGGCUUGACCAAAGUAUCCUUGGGGCAUUGGAUCAUGCUUGUCAAGGAGCUGCCCGAUCUCAUGAUCAACCAAGAGCCACAUUUCGCUCUGAGUCUGUUAUAUCAUGCCCAUACUCAUCAGUUCAUAUUCCGAGUUCUAGGUCGGACCCUUCAGAAAGGCCAGGUCACCAACUAUGGCGAGUUAAUGAUCAAGGCCUUUGAUUUGUUCCAAAAUGGAAAACCUUGUGUGGGCUUCAAAUUGGCGGAUCGACAUUUCCCUCUGUCUUGUGAAUUUUCACGGGACUGUUCCAUUGUGGUUCCACAUUCGGGUGGGUCGAAUGUGUGUGUCAAUUGUUGGUGUGAAUUGACGAAUCGGGGGAUGAUGGGCAAACAAGAGGAUGAUGAAGGACAGCCUCACGUCCAAGUUCGGGAGGAUCGUCGUCGGAGAUCCCAUCGACAUAAAGCUCGUUAUCAAGAUGUGGUUCCCAAUUAUUUGGAGAUUGAUGAUGAAGGCGUGGAAGACAACGAUGAGGACGACAACGACGACAACGACGACAACGACGACGACUUUGAUUUGGAAAGUUAUGUUCAGAACAAACUGGAGGUCAAAGUGGAAACGCCCAUGCCAGAGCCAUCCUCGGACACGGGUCCGAUCCUCGAUGAUGACCACCUCAGUGAUACCAAAGACAUUAUCGGUGAUAUUAUCGAGAAGAACAUUGUGACUCCCGAGUUGACCGAGGAUCCUGAAGGAAUGAAUUCGCCUCGUGCGGAAGAACCGGGAUCAGAACCGGGAAUUUUCGCUUGCCAACAAUGUUCGUUCUCGUUCAAGUCGCCGAUUCAAUUGACCGGACACAAUUCAUUGAUUCAUCCGGAGGCCACCCAUCUGAGAUGUCCAAAAUGUGAGAAAAAUGUCUCCAUUGGCCUCGAUCCUUCGAGUUUAGUGGAACAUUGGAAGGCUUGUCAGAAGUACAAAACCAUACGUCAUGUUGAAGGAUCUCGUUCCAAAUUCACGUAUGAGUGCAAUGCAUGUUCCAAGACGUUUCGUCACCAAAAUGUGAUCAAAAACCAUGUGUUCUUGUGUGAUGCCAAAUUUGAUGAGUGUGACGAUCCAAGUGAGUCCCUGAGUGACUUGAAUCCUUCCCAUGUGAACUCAUCAGGCAAUAAAAAGAGAAGAGCCAAUGUGCCUUGUGUUUGUGCCGAAUGUGGAAAGAGCUUCUCAUCCAAGGCCAAAUGGCAAACUCACCAUAACAAGUAUCAUGCUGAAUUUGACAAGCACGCGUGUAAGAUCUGCGGGUUCCGAUGCGGGUCAAAAACCCGCUUGGGCGAGCAUAUGACGGUGCAUGAAGCACCCAAGAUCCUUUGUCCCACAUGUGGGAAGAAGGUCAAGACCAGGCAAAACUUGAGCGUCCAUCUUCGCACUCAUACCGGAGAAAAGCCGUUCAAGUGCAAUCUGUGUGACUAUAGGGCCAGUGCAUGUGGGAAUCUAACCGAUCACAAGAAGUAUGUCCAUGGAGGAAUCACGAGACGAAGAGGGAAAAAAUCGGCCAAUACCAAUGAAGAAACGCCUGAGUCCGUUUAACCGGAUUCUGAUCAAGGCAUUUAUUGCAGAUUCCAGCCCAUUGAAACGGCCCAAUUUGACUUUGUGUGAUGAUCUAGUAAUGAUCAAUUGAUGAAGAUCGCGGGAGUGAUUGCCCGGUACCUGUUAUGUUAAUUUGAAACGAAAUUAUAUUUAGCUUUUAGCCAAUUGCUCCAGAAGUAAAGUGUCAGGAGGUAUUGUA